UAUCAAAGUUGCUCAAAAGGAGCGAGAACACUGUAGAUUUCGAAUCACUUUGAGUUUCGAAAUUGGAUAGUUGAAUAACCAGUGAAAUGGUCUUGAAAGUUCAUAAAUCGCCAAUAUUAUUUCUGCACAUCUUAUUUUUAUACAGUUUGCAUGCAGUGGUGUUUAAACAUGUUUUCUAAACGCGACGCUAACCUAGAUUUAUGUGGUUUGUGAAGUAACAUGGCUUGAAUAUGUGGAAUCUAAGCAUGUCAGUGCUUUUACGUUCCGUACUGUAUCGCAGGGAUUGCACGUGAGAGACACCAUGAUGUGGAGCGCAAUGGAGCUGCGAAAUACCAUAUGUAAUCGUACGUCUAGUUGCGCAUCAGUAUGUGAAGUUAGAAUAUUAUCUACCUACAACAACAGUUUAUCAUGAUGGUGUUGUUUGGUUACGAGUAACUUCAAACGGUGUUCCGUAAAAUUGUUGGACGAGAUCUUCGUGUGUGGAUGUUUAUCAACAUGGAACACUUGCAGCUGAUGUUUGUUGAUGUAGCAUAUUAAAGAGUAACCAGUUUUCAUAUUUACGUGAUUUAGUUUAAGUACAUAAAAUGGCUAGUUCUUCGACACCCGCUUCUACAGAAAUUGCAGAACCACUGCAUAUUCAACUCCUAAAGAAGUAUCUCGAUUUGGGCCCCUUCCUGUCGUAUGUGGAAAAAAUUUUCAAUACGCCUGUAAAUGAGAGUGACCUUUCUUCAGAUUCUGAUGCCGAAUUAUCGGAAGACUUGAAAGGAAAACUAUUUGCCUAUGGAUUCUCCACGAAAGAAGAAAGGCGAUCAGACCGUGUACGUCUGUAUAAUUUUGAAGAUGUGAGGACUGACAGAUUGUGGCUGAGAGACAUUCUUGUGAGUGACACAUCGAGUUCUUCUGAUGAAGAUGUACCGCCAAGAGAGAGACUGCAGAGAAUGCUUAAAAUGCAUGUACUUAGAAAAAAGUAUCAGAAGAAAUUCUAUGAAGAUCCACAGAACCACCAGUAUCAAUAUUAUGGCUCAGGACUUGUGUCAAAUUAUGACAGGUUCCCUGAACAUCAGAAAUUUGUUCAGGGAACCAAGAGAAAGAGAAAGGAGAGAAAACAAGAAACAAAACCUCGGAAAAUGAGGAAAGUAACAACAAAGGAGCAGAAUGCCGCAUCUGAUGCUAAGGAUGCAAGUGUUGCAGAUGAUACAGAAUGUGAAGAUGGAUACACAAAUGUGAAGGAGGAGGAUCCAGAUUCACUCUUUGAAAAUCCACCAUCUCUGAAGAGUACACGUGCCAAGAGAAAAUCAUAUAAAAUGGCAGAGAUCAUGACAGCAAGAAGAAAGAAAAUUUUUGCAAUGCUUGCAAAACGAGAACUUGGAAAAAUUCAACGUGCAAAAGUAAACAACCAUAAAGAAGUUCUUGCUUCAUGCAGACGAAUGGCACAUGGUUGUAUGCGUGCAUGUCGUCAGAAGGCUGUGCAGUCUCAGAAGAAUAUGAAGGAAACAGUAUGGCGAGCAAAACGCCUUACAAGGGAAAUGCAGUCGUACUGGAAGAGGUAUGAUCGUGUAGAACGUGAAGCAAGGCGUCGUCUGGAGAGAGAGGCAGAGGAACAACGUCGAUUGGAUGUAGAGUUGAUGGAAGCAAAGCGGCAGCAGCGUAAACUCAAUUUCCUUAUUACACAGACUGAAUUGUAUGCCCAUUUCAUGUCGCGUAAGCUUGGCAGUGGUUCUCAGGAAGAGAGACUUCGCAUUCUUAGCCAACUUGAAGAGGAAAAGCUGCCACGACUUGCAGCAUUUGAUGAUUAUGAUGGUGAGCAAAUGAAACAGAAGGCAGAAAGAAAUGUUCGUGAAGCAGUGACAGCAGAGCGCAAUCGAUCCAAUCAGUUCUACAAGGGUGCAAGUGAUGGAAUUGCUGGCCGUGACUUUGGGGAUGAUCUAAGCUUAAGUGAGACUGGUGUCAGUGCUGUUGAUGAACGUCCUCAACCCUCCAUUUUUAAAGGACAAUUGAAGCAUUAUCAGUUGAAAGGAAUGAAUUGGAUUGCUAAUCUUUAUGAUCAAGGCAUCAAUGGUAUUUUGGCAGAUGAGAUGGGUCUGGGAAAGACUGUGCAAUCCAUUGCAUUUUUAUGUCAUGUAGCUGAGAAGUAUGACAUAUGGGGACCAUUUCUGGUUAUCUCUCCUGCAUCCACUCUACAUAACUGGCAACAAGAGAUGGCUCGGUUUGUACCAGAAUUCAAGGUAGUUCCGUAUUGGGGAAGUCCACAAGAAAGAAAGAUUCUGCGACAGUUCUGGCAUCGGAAGGAUAUGCAUACAAGAGAUGCAAGUUUUCAUGUUGUCAUCACAAGUUAUCAACUUGUUAUUACUGAUCUAAAAUAUUUUAAUCGUAUAAAAUGGCAAUAUCUUGUCUUGGAUGAAGCUCAAGCUCUAAAGAGCACCAACAGCGUUCGAUGGAAGAUGCUUUUGGGGUUUACCUGUCGAAAUCGUCUUCUGCUAAGUGGAACACCAAUACAGAACAGCAUGGCUGAACUGUGGGCACUGUUGCAUUUUAUUAUGCCAACUCUGUUUGAUUCUCAUGAAGAAUUUAAUGAAUGGUUCUCUAAGGAUAUUGAAAACCAUGCUGAAAACAAGACAGGUAUUGAUGAAAAACACUUAUCACGGUUGCACAUGAUCCUGAAACCAUUUAUGUUGCGUAGGAUCAAGAAGGAUGUAGAAAAUGAGCUCUCUGAUAAGAUUGAGGUAAUGAUGUACUGCCCUUUGACAACUCGCCAGAAGUUGUUGUACGAUGCGCUAAAGAAAAAGAUUCGUAUUGAAGAUCUUUUGUAUUCAUCCGCUGGUUCUAGUCAGUCAUCCCAGAAUCUCACUUCCAAUUUGCUUAAUCUAGUAAUGCAGUUUCGGAAGGUCUGUAAUCACCCAGAGUUAUUUGAAAGACGUAGUGCAAAGUCUCCUUAUUUUUUUAAAUUAUCUGAUUAUUUACUACCUCGAUUGAUUUAUGAUGAUGGUAUUCUAUGUCACAGCUUCCCCAGUAAGAAGCAUAUCUUAUAUAAUCAUUUGAAUAUAUUUGCACCUCACUAUGUCCACAGUUCUCUACUAGAUGAUGAUGCUUCAGGACAGAUAAAGUGUUUCUCAUUCUCUAAUUUGGCUGGCAUUUCUCCAACAGAAAUCAGUGAUGUAGCUUUGGGAGGACUUUCAAGGGCGCUAAUGUUUCUUCCGGCAGUUUAUAAGCUUCAAGAAAAGAUUUUCUUCUGGAAUUAUUGUGGUCUCCUAGACACUUCAUUUAAGUGGCGGUAUCUGCUACUGCUACAGCCCUUGCGUGUCACAUCAGCUCCAUCUGUAUCGUGUAGUAUUGUAUUGAGUCAUUUAGUCUUUACAUCAGUUUCUAGCAUGGAAAAUACAAUAUAUUGCCACACGCAGCACAUACAUACCUCUAUUCCAGAAACUCCAGAGCACAGAAUUCACCGAAGCCGUGCAGCUUUUCUCGAUAGGCAGCGAAAUACUGAUUUUAGGAAGCUUGUUGGUGGCUUAGGAGUGAUGCAACCUGAAGUAGACACAGCUGAUGCAGAUGGUGGACACAGUGAGAUGUUUGCAUGUGAUGUGUGGAUACAAGAUGAAGAGGCAGAUGAACAAGAGCACUGGGCACUGCCUCCACAGAGUCCCACUGAGGUGGAGGCUGAUGGUGAAGCUGAUGGGGAAAUUGAAGGAGAGCAACCAAGUUCACCAGUUUUAUCAUCCGCAGAGACUCAUUCUCCACCAUCCCAAACAGGAAAGGGGCGUGGGAGUAAAGAAAGAAGCAGGGUCAAAGAAGAGGAUAAUUUCCCUGUUCUUCCUGAAUUUCCACACAGACCAAGGAAGUCACGCAUACUACCGUGUGAACCUACACGUAUGCCUCCAUUCCUGUUUUCCGGCUGUCCAAAGGCUCAUGCGCCACCUCCAGAACUGUACUGUGUCAGCAGAAAAGCAGCGUGGGAACAGCAGGACUUGAUGAGGUGGUCAUCACCUGAGUCACUCAGUGCCUUGUGGGAAGAAUUGUGGGGAUCUCCAGCAGGAAUUGAGGCAACAGCACCACCUCAUGGUUGGUCACGUAUUGUACCACCAGAUGGCCGAUCACUAGUUACAGACUCAGGAAAACUGACUGUUCUAGAUGGCCUGUUGAAGAGGCUCCGUGAGCAAGGCCACAGAGUUCUCAUCUAUUCACAGAUGACUCGUAUGAUAGAUCUGCUGGAAGAGUAUGCACGCCAUCGUAAACUGACUUAUAUGAGACUUGAUGGCUCAAGCAAGAUUUCAGAGAGACGAGAUAUGGUUGCAAGUUUUCAGCAGCGUGAAGAUAUUUUUGUAUUUCUCCUCAGUACUAGGGCUGGAGGCCUGGGUAUUAAUCUUACAGCAGCAGAUACUGUUGUAUUCUAUGACAGCGAUUGGAACCCCACGAUUGAUCAACAGGCAAUGGACAGAGCUCAUCGUCUUGGACAAACAAAACAGGUGACAGUGUACCGACUGGUAUGCAAGGGCACAAUUGAGGAACGCAUGCUACAACGUGCACGAGAAAAGAGUGAGAUACAACGGAUGGUGAUCAGUGGUGGAAAUUUCAGGCCAGAUUCUCUCAAACCAAAAGAAGUAGUAUCACUCCUGCUCGGUGAUGAAGAAAUAGAGAAGAGGUAUAGACAGCGUCAGGAAGAGAGACGAGCACGUGCUGCUGCUGAUGAUGUAGAUGGGCGGAAGAGAAAACAGAAGUUGGAUGCUGAUAUGUCAAGAAGGGAUAGUGAUACUGAAAGUGGCAGUACAGCUACUGGAAGUCUGCCGAGUAGCGUCACAGAAGGAGCCCUCGCAGGUCCCUUGGAAGAAUCAGAAGAUGGAACACGUUCUCAGAUCCUUCCACAUGAGGAAUUUCCUCCAAUACUUGGUUCCACGGGAGUGAUUCCUGGACGACCCAGGACUGGUCGCGGAGGAAGACGCGGUAGGCCAAGAGGUUCUAGGCGUGCAAUUAUUGAUGGACGACCUCUACCACAACCUGUGAAACCUCAAGUAGCCCCAGUGAAAGAAGUAGAGGUACCUGUUCCUGUUUCUGUCCCAAUGCGUCAGCCCGGGCAGGCUCCUCCAGUAGUACGCAGGGGCCCCGGUCGGCCACGACUGCGACCUUUAGGGCCGUCACAUCAAGGAGGUAGAGGAGGCAGAGGUUCCAGAGGACCUCGUGGGAGAGGUGCCUCUGGGCCACUCCCUGUACCUCUACCAUUGAGAUAUGAUCCGACAUCAACACCACCUCCAAGCCCUUUUAAUUUUUAUUCUCAAACAGAAUAGAGAGAGAGAGAGAGAGAGUGUGUGUGUGUGUGUGUGUGUGUGUGUGUGUGUGUGUGUGUGUGUACACGUGCACCUUUAGCUUCUGGAGUUUGUUGUUUCACUUUGAUUCUGUUUAUUAAGAGUAUCCAUAGCGUAUUGGCUGCAGGUAGAAUAUAUGUUGCUGGCGCAUUGAUACUGAGAUGUCUGUGCAAAGUAUUUGAUCUUUUCUGAGAUUUUCCAGCCUAAAACCUUCCUAUCUGCUAUUGUUGUAUAGGCUGUCUAAGCUCUAUUUUGUUCAGAAGAAGAAAGUGGUUCUGAAGUGGUCAAGCAUCCCAGUCAAGUGUGCAGUAACCACGGGUUACAAAAAAUAGUGCAAUUGUUUUAAGACUUUCAUUUUAUAUAAGGGUGUUUAAUUCCUUCCUUUCUGUUGCUCAACUCUCUACUCGGUCACAAUUUGUACUAAUAUUUAAUAUUUGAAUGGAAUCAUGUCUAACACUAAGAUAUACCUGUGGUAUAUAAACAAAAUGUGCAAUUUCAGUGUUGGUAGUGAGAAUCUAAUUCUCCAAAUGUGGAAUGUUGCCAGUGCCAUUAGUGAACUGUUCCCUCUCUUCAGUAGUUGUUUCUGUAAAAUUGCAAUAAAUGUCUUAAAUGAUGGUUCCAGAUCUCUGAAUGUAUACAUAAUUUGUGUACAUGUCAUUUUUGCCAAUUUUCUCCUUUUUUUUACGUAAUUUUGUUGCUUUGUAAUGAAUGAUUGGCAGAUAACGCAUUCAUUGAAUGACAGCCAUCAUGUAAACUGUAUUUCUAAACAAUCUGAAAAUCAGGAAUUCACCUAUAUUCUCUUUUCAUUGCAAAUUUACGUACUUUAUUAUGCGUAGAAUGAAAAACUGCAGUUAAUUUUUUGUGAAUACCAAUAAUAAAAUCUGCUAAGACAGUAGACAAAAAAACAUACUGAGAAAAGUCGACUAGAGAUUGCUGAUCAGUUGUUUCAAGUGAAGAGAUUAUGGAAGAGAGGCUUUCAUUUAAUCUCCAAUAUGGCUGUGACCGAUGGAGGCUGAAUUAAAGCUCUGCAUACUUUACAAUCAUAAUUAACUCAACCUAAUAGCUACUAAAUCCACCAUAUUGAAUAUCUUCAUACAUUAAGUUACUACAUUACAAGAAAAUUUGAUAAAUGAAAAUUAUGCUUAUUAACUAGGAUAUCCAAUGCCAAAUUCUGCACUAUGAGUUACUUUGAGAUCAUAGUUAUCACUUCUGCAAUUACAAAUUAUGUAACUGUUGUGGAAUAGCAACAAUGUGAAAUAGGAUAGAUUGUUCUUACAGCGUAGAGGAGCUGUUGAGCAGGAUACUGGCAGUGUUCAGGACUUAUAAAUGGGCAUCUAAGAGGGUAUAAGAACAGGAAGAGAUGUAAUUCAUGGUACAGGGUGUAAAAGAGCAUGUGUUGGGAUGGUGGCCAGGCUGCCAGUGGAGUGGAGGGACUAUUCUAAUUGAUUUAUGGAGGAGCAAGGAGAGUAUGCGUGUUGGCAGGUUGGUGGUAACAAGCAGAGACAAAGCCAGUUCUAGAUUUCACACUCUGCUCACUAGCUCCUGUACCACAUGUGACAUCCUUCCACGUUUCCUAUUGGUGGCUUACUGUACACAUGCCUAUGUACCACACUGGUAAUAUUCAUCUGUGGGAACCGUGCUUGGCCCAGGAAUACAGGCCUGUACCGCUGUGAACUGUGGGAUCAGACUUCCAACAAGUAAUGUGUAGCAAAGAAAGAAUCUUUCCAUCCUCUAAAUUUGCAAUAAAUUUUCCUCAGUUUCCACAAAUGAGUGAGCACCUGUACACACUUCCCCCUUCCACAUGAUGAUGUCUGAUAUUCCGCAUAAGAGCUGGUGCCUUGAUAGAGGCAUUGUAGACUAUGGGAGGAUGGAUCAUACAGAGAAGAUAUUGCUCAUGAAAGUGCAUUAUUUUAUUGUCAAUCAGCAUUUAAAUUUUGAAUUUGUUUAACCUUUUAGAUUACAGUCAUAUCGAAGUAUAGAUCCUAGAAUGAUUGGGGCUAAAUUAUGUCAUUAUUAAACCAAGAUUUAGUUACUUCAUAUGAGCUGCUUUACCUAAUUAUGUGUGUUGCCAUAGGGAAAUGUGUAGUAGAAAAUUAUAUGUACUUUUUAAACAUUAGAGAGAAAGGGACUGUGUGUAUCUUGUAAAAGGAUACAGCUUCUGUACUUUCCAUUCUUGCAGAUAUAUGCAUAAAAUGUAAUCGAGAAAAAUAUUUGCGUCUAAUUUGUAGGCACCACUGCAGUCAUAACAGAAGUGUGUGUUAUGUGAAAUUGUUACAUAAGUUUUUAAACACUUUUCUUUAUAAUGUAAGUUUGGAAAGGUUAUUAAUGUAAAAAAUACACUGACGCCUUUUAUGAGGCAAGUAUGGAUAAGACCAUAAGAACAACUUAAGUAAGGUUCAUCAUUCAAAUACAUCAUUGAACACCACAUCAAAUAUGAAUACCAGCUGUCAUAAUGAUGUAAAAUGAGUUGGCACAUAGGUGAUGCACCAGAAAGGCCAUGUAAGCUAUACUCUUAAAAUUGAAAUACAGAUCUUCUAUACUGGGUUACAGCUACCAAGUACCCGAAGUUCUAAAAUGAUUUAUAUCAAAAUGAGCACAGUAAUCACAAAAACUUUUAACUGUUUCAUUUCACUUAAAUUCUGAGAUCAGUUCUGCAAAAGUUGUGUCCUGAACAGCCAGUUCCCGUAGUUCAAAUUAAAGUAAAAUUAAAUCCACUACAAAAAUACCUGGAAUUAGACCAUAUGAAUGUGAAGUGACUUUACUAAAAUAAAUUUAUUUUACAUACAUUUAUUUUAACAAAAAAAGUUUAGUUAACAUUAGUACUCUUUCCUUCUUGUUACAUACAGUUUCAGUAGUGGAUAUUUGUUAUGUAGGUGUAGCUCUUACCAUUUAAAUGUGUGUCCCAAUAUUUACAAAAUUGGUGAACAUAAAUUCAAGGUUUCCUGUA